GUGACUGUACAAUGUUUAACAGCAGUCUGUUUAUUAAUUCAGAGACCACAAGACAAAAGGAACAGAUAACCUGACGUGGAGCCACGCAGGGAACGCGUUUUCAUCGAUUUAGCAAGUAUUUAUAUCCAAGUAAAGUGAAGCACUUGGCUCUAAUGAGUCAGUGGAUGGUGACUGGGACAAUGAAAGUAUAUUUACUGUCUGUAUUCAGAAUGCACACAUGAAGUUUAAUAUUUGGAAAUAACUUUAAAAAGCACCAAUAAUUGAUGGUUCAUAUAACUAGAGGGUAGCAAUCACCAGGCAGUUCUUCAUUUGUUUUGAUAAAGGACAGAUACAUCAUUGAAAGAUGGAUGAUGAGAUAUUGGAUCAGAGCAUGCUUGUUGUUUAUCAACUGGUGUCUUGGAUCGCAUCUGUCGCCAUUAUAUUUGGAGGAGUUGUGCCAUACAUCCCUCAGUACAGGGAUAUUCGCAGGACUCAGAAUGCUGAAGGAUUCUCCACCUAUGUUUGCCUGGUACUGCUGGUUGCCAACAUCUUAAGAAUACUGUUUAGGUUUGGACGUUACUUUGAAACUCCUUUGCUUUGGCAGAGUAUCAUCAUGAUCAUCACCAUGUUAAUCAUGCUGAAUCUGUGCACCAACGUCCGCGUGGCCACUGAACUCAACACUAAACGCCGCUCGUUCACAGACUGUAAGGACGAAGAAAUCAAAGUUCCUAAGAGGCUCUUUGUGGAAUUUGACUGGAACUACUUCUGGUCUUGGAGUCGAUUUGUGGAUUAUCUGCAGUGUGUUGUGGCUUUCACAGUGCUGACAGCCUAUGUGACGUAUCUGCUUUUGGACUCGGUUCUGUUCGUAGAGUCCCUGGGUUUUCUGGCCGUGUUCACUGAAGCCAUGCUGGGAACUCCACAGCUCUACUGCAACUAUCAGAACAAAUCUACUGAAGGCAUGAGCAUUAAGAUGGUGUUGAUGUGGACCAGUGGGGACACUUUCAAGACAGGUUACUUCCUGUUGACUCAGGCUCCCAUGCAGUUCUGGAUCUGUGGUCUGCUCCAGGUGUGUGUGGACAUUGCCAUCCUCUUCCAAGUGUACUACUACAGCCAUUACCCACAGAAACCCAUCUCACACACCACACACACCACCAGUGCCAAGGCCCUCUAAAACACACCCUCCCUCACGUAUUAACAAACGGACACAGUGGACUUGGGCAUGGGCAUACACAUAAGAAAAAACUUGCUUUCAAGUGUCAAUGGAUUAGUGGAUGGCUUUUACCUGGAAUAUUUGUAAUUUUUGUAAAGAACUGCUACACUUUGGACUGAUAUACAGUAUGAUGCAUGCUGUACAUGGGUACUGUAUGUACAGUAUAUGUAUGCUGAUUGGAUGAGGAUUUUGCUCACAUACACUGAUCAACCACAACAUUAAAACCACCUGCCUAAUAUUGUAUAAGUCCCCCUCGUGCUGCCAAAGCAGCACCAAACCACAUCUCAGAAUAUCAUUCUGAGAUUAUAUUCUUCUCACCACAAUUGUACAGAGUGGUUAUCUGAGUUACUGUAGACUUUGUCAGUUCAAACCAUUCUGGCCAUUCUCUGUUGACCUCUCUCAUCAAUAAGGCAUUUCCAUCAGCUGAAUUGCCCCUCACUGGAUGUUUUUUGGAUUUGGCACCAACAAUCAUGCCACGGUCCAAAUCACCUAAGAUAAUUUAUUUUUUCCCCAAUUCUGAUGGUUGAUGUGAACAUUAACCGAAGCUCCUGACCCUUAUCAGCUUGAUUUUAUGCACUGCAGUGCUGCCACACAAUUGGCUGAUUAGAUAAUCACAUGGAUGAUUGUUGUCGUCAGACGGGCUGGUUUGAGUGUUUCUGUAACUGCUGAUCUCCUGGGAUUUUCACACACAACAGUUUCUAGAAUUUACUAAGAAUGGUGCCAAAAACAAAAAAUGUCCAGUGAGUGACAGGUCUGUGGAUAGAAGUGUCUUGUUG